CCUAAAGAACGAUUGAUUGACAACCGUCGAUUGCCACCUCCUAUGCGAGUAUAAAGCUUCCUUUGGCGCUAGGGUUUUGGCUCUCUGCAGUUUGCACAAACUGAAACCAUCGCCGGCUUAUAUAUCUGAUAAAGCGCCUCCCGACCUAUUCAUCCUGCUUCCUGCUACAAGAUGGCGACCCAAAUGAGCAAGAAGCGAAAGUUUGUCGCUGACGGAGUGUUCUUCGCCGAGUUGAACGAGGUUCUGACCAGGGAACUCGCCGAGGAUGGCUACUCCGGCGUUGAGGUUAGGGUUACACCUAUGCGCACUGAGAUCAUCAUCAGGGCCACCCGCACCCAGAAUGUCUUGGGUGAGAAGGGAAGGCGUAUUAGGGAGCUGACGUCGGUUGUUCAGAAGAGAUUUAAGUUCCCUGAGAACAGCGUUGAGCUGUAUGCUGAGAAGGUGAACAGCAGAGGUCUUUGUGCUAUUGCCCAGGCUGAGUCUCUUCGUUACAAGCUGCUUGGUGGUCUUGCUGUUAGAAGGGCCUGCUAUGGUGUGUUGAGGUUUGUCAUGGAAAGUGGUGCCAAGGGAUGCGAGGUCAUUGUUAGCGGAAAGCUAAGGGCACAGCGUGCUAAAUCCAUGAAGUUCAUGGAUGGUUACAUGAUCUCAUCUGGACACCCAGUGAACGAGUACAUCGACUCGGCUGUGAGACAUGUCCUCUUGAGACAGGUUAGUCUCAGUUCGACAUGAACGUUCCAGCCUGCUGUCAAGUUGGUGUUCUCGUAUGUAUUGUAACAUUCGCGAUGCUGUUAUCUGCAGGGUGUUCUUGGUAUCAAGGUCAAGAUCAUGCUCGACUGGGAUCCCAAGGGUAAGCUUGGCCCAACAACUCCUCUCCCCGAUCUUGUUACAAUUCACCCACCAAAGGACGAGGAAGAGUACCUGAGGGCAGCUUCUAUGCCUGCUCCAGUUCCUGAGGCCGAGAUUCCUCCCCCUGUUCCCGUUGUUGUUGCUUGAAACCCAUCUUUUGAGUCGCUCUGUUCAAUGGCUGGACAACAUCUAAAAUGUUUGCAUGUUGAGGGGAUGUUUUUAGUUUUGAUGUCUACCUAGUAUCUGUUUUGAUAAUUCUUGUGAUAAAUUUUGUUAUGAUAGAUACCGGAUAUGCUAUUUCAAGUGAACUCUAUCGGUUGUGUGUUAACAUUUAAGAUAGCCAGGUUGCCUAUUUAUAAUUCCUGCAUUUCUGUUCUUUUUGGUUUUCUAUCCCAUAAAUAAUUACCGUGACAGUCUUUAAGCCUCCUAGCACUCUUGAAUUAUGGUUACAACUUGCAACAAGAGUAGCCUUGUCGGACAAACCAUACUUAAAAAGC